ACCCGGGCCUGACAGAUAGACGCAGGGUCGCGUGUCGCCCACGACCCUUCCGUGCGAGGGCCGCGGCGGUACGUCAGCACGCAAUGGACUGGCCAAUGGUACAGGUCCUGCCAUCUGUCGGGUGGUUUGAUAACGGUAGUUUUUACUCCCUCGCCAGAUGCUGAGUGGUGCCUUCACUUCCUUGCUGUUCCAAAAAUACACACCUGAGGAUCAAGUUAUGCAGAGCGCUGACGACAUGCAAAUUGAAGACAUUAUGUGUAGGCAUCCUCUCAGAUCACCUAGAUGAGACGCUGUUAUGCUUCCUGCAGACCAUGAUUGCACCGUACCUAAGUUGUUUACCUCUCCUUUUUCCCGCUGCUCAGUACCUGCAGCUCGUCUGCUGCUCAGCGUACCGCCGUCUCGAGCUGCACCUCCAGUGGCGAGGAGCGCCCCACGCCGAUGGCCGCUGGCUCGCUGCCCAGCGUGCCGCCGACAGCUCGUGGCUCCGUCGCGUCGCGUCGCGCUCGUCGGGGCCCAGCAGCGUCGCACCGGCUGCGUCGUACUUCCAGCUUCGGUUCAGGUAGGACGAGGCGAGCAUAGCAGAACGCUCCCGAAGUCGUCGGCAGCCGCUUAUUGAGGAGAACGUGGUCAGACUUUGCGUCGGACUCAGUGAUAGCCUGUUGUUGGUUUGGUCUGAGUCGGCUAGUGACCUGCGGAAGGCUGUGAAUUGCGGUCCUGUGCUAAGUGUGAGUGAGACCACAGGCACAGAGCGCCUGAGUGGUAUUCCAAGACCGUCUGUGCUAACCUGAGCUGUCCGACCGUGAUCCCACUCCUGACCGGCACCUCCCCGGAGUCCCUGCCGCCCUGAGCUGUCCGACCGUUGUCCCGCUUCUGACUGGCACCUACCCGGAGUCGCUGCCGCCGCCGCCAUGCCUCUGGAGCGGCCGGAACUGGACGAGGAGCGGGCCGGCUUCUUCAGGCCGUUCAGCCAGUCUGUGAUGCGCAGCCUGAGCGCCGACCAGUGGACGGGCUUCUGCGCGCUGAGCUCGGACGAGCAGCGCGUGGCCUUCGUGUACGAGCUGCCCGAGGUGCGCCAGGUGGCCCUGCAGCACGUCUACAAGGAGAAGGACGAGACCGAGGCCCGGGCCAGGAAGGACGAGGGAAACAAACUCUUCUCCGAGGGCAACUACCCGGCGGCCAUGCGCUGCUACAGCCAGGCCAUGGCCAAGGCGCCGUACAAAGACGGCGUCAGCGAGCUGGUGGCGGUGUGCGCCGCCAACCGGUCUGCCUGCCUCUACCACACGGGAAAACACCAGCGCUGCCUGGCCGACAUCGAGCUGGCGCUGCUCUCCGGCUACCCCACCGCGCUCCGCUACAAGGUGCUCGACAGGCGCGCCCGCAGUCUGAUGGCACUGAGGCGGUUCACCGAGGCCAAGACGGCCUUCCAGAGCGUCAUCAAGGCACUGGACGACGCCAGCCUCGGCGACGGCAAGCAGAUGCACUGGCAGAAGGAGGUGCAGAAGAUGCUGGCGCUCUUCGAGAAGAGCAAGUACACCGACGCCGACCCCCAGCCGCACAGCUGGCUCCCUCCGCUGCCGUCCCUCACCGCCGGAGCCAACCAGAUGUACCCGGCAGCGUCCAAAAAGGUGGCAGUGCGGGAGACUGCCGAGGAGGGUCGGUUCGCCGUCAGCGCCCAGCCGGUGGCCGUCGGAGACGUUCUCGUGGUGGAGAAGCCGUUCGCGGCCGUCCUCCGGCCCGAGAAAUACGGCACCCACUGCCUGCACUGCCACGUCAGGAUCCGCGACUGCGUGCCGUGCACGGUCUGCAGCGGCGUGCUGUUCUGCUCGCUGCCCUGCCGCGAGGCGGCGCUGGGCUCCUACCACCGGGUGGAGUGCCGUAUCCAGGAGCUGCUCUACGCCUCCGGUAUGAGCGUGACGUGUCUGCUGUCGCUGCGGCUGACCACCCGGCUCAGCGUGCAGCAGCUGCUGGCGGCGCGGCCGCGGCUCAGCCAGCCGCCGGCCGGGCCCUACAGCGGACAGGACUACGGCGCCGUGUACCGGCUGGUGGCGCACACCGACCGGCGCACACCCGAGACCCUGUUCCCGCUCACACUGAUGGCCGUGUUCAUGCUGCGCUGUCUGCAGUUCCAGGGCUACUUCGGAGACGAGGUGGACACCGCUGUCCUGGACGACCGGCGCCGGUUCGUGGGCGGCCUGCUGCUGCACCACAUUCAACUGGUGCCCUACAACGCGCACGAGGUGGCCGAACUGCGCAUGAAGGGCCACAACAACCUGGACGGCUCGGAGAGUGUGUUCGUGGGCGCGGCCGUCUACCCGACGCUGGCGCUCUUCAACCACUCCUGCGACCCGGGCAUCGUGCGUUAUUUCAGCGGUAACAACGUAAUCGCUCGUGCAAUCAAGAACAUCGAGAAGGGAGACCUCAUAGCGGAAAACUACGGUCCGAUAUUUACGCAGAAGCCGCUCAGAGAGCGAUUGCAGUACCUGCGCGAACGUUACGAGUUUGAGUGUCACUGCACGCCGUGUACGGAGAUGUGGCCCACAUUCGAGGAGAUGGACAACUCGGUACUCAAGUUCAAAUGCACCACCUGCAAGAGACCGCUGCCGGUCUCCACGGAGACGAUGACGCCGCUCUUCACCUGCCAGCACUGCGGGCACGAGACCAACAUCAUGAAGGCGCUCAAGGUCCUGCAGGACACCGACGCCGCCUACAGAGCCGGUAUGCGGGACCUGGAGACGGGCGAGCUGACGCGCGGGAUGCAGACGCUGAUGUCGAACCUCAGCCGGCUGGACCAGUGUCUGUACCCGCCCUACCGCGACUACCACCUCUGCCAGCAGGCCAUCCGAAAGGUCAUGCUCACACAGGGCAACAAGUUCAUCGCGGAAAACAAACCCUGAUCGCCCGCAGAGAGCGUUCGGUCGUUUGUGGUUUAGCUCACGACAAUAAUUCAUUACUAAGUGAUACGGCGACGGCUGGACGAGCAUAAUUUGUCGUUUCCGUUCAGGCCUACCCAUUACGCCGUGGCAUUGCAAUGCAACGUGAGGUAUCGAAAUAGCUGGUCAGGGAUUCAACCCGAGGUCAGUUUACGAUUUCGUGCUGUUACCGACUUUCCCCGCCAAUGUACGAGUCUCGACUCUUUUCGAAAGGUCGGUCUCAGCGUCGAGUGAAAAAGUGUUAAAUCCGCAGCGAUACUGUCGCCAACUUUUCGCGCUUGCUGUGUACGUUUGCGUCCGUGUACCUACCAUUAUAACCUUUCAGGUCAAUACGUACCCCGAGUAAAUCUGGAAGCCGUAAUCCGUCGACGCGGAUGAUGAAAUACAUGUUUGCAA